AUGAAUAAAUAUAUAUUAUUUAUAACAGUUUUUUUAGUUGUUGAGUUGUGUUCUUCACAACCAGUAACUUUAUAUAUAAAUUCCAGUGUUACUGAUUACGUUCUGCCUUGUGGUGCAACUUUGGAAAAUGCUUGUCCUGAUAUCGUUAAUGCACUUGCCUCUACACAGUCGAGCGAUGUUCUUCUUAGCUUAGGAAAUACCACACUUACCGGUCAAAACAAUACAAACAUCCAGCUUGUCAAUAGAACAGUAACCAUCCAAGGAAACAAAGAUAGCUAUGCCACCAUUAACUUGGCUGGCCAAGGUGCAUUCUUUAUCAUCCAAGACUCAGAGCAACUCUAUGGAAAUACCAGUCUUACCUUGCAAUAUCUAAAUAUUGCAAAUGGUACCGGUUAUGUCCUACCACAACUAAACGGUACUUUCGGUGGGGUUGUAUUUCUCAAUACUUCAUAUUAUUAUGCAUUCAACACUAUUUUACUAGAUAGUGUUGUAGGUUUUAAUAAUCAAGCUACCACUGGAGGUAUACUCUAUAUUCAGAGCAACGGUUCGCCUACCAAUGUCACCGUUACCAACUCUGAUUUUAACAACAACAAUGCAACCAACGCAUCGAUCAUCUUUGGUCAGUACAUUCUUAUGACCGUCAGUAACACCAAGAUCACUAGAAACAAUGCUUUCGAUGGUUUGAUGAAUUUCGUUGCGGCAUAUGUUCAGCUCGAUCGAGUAUUGAUCGAUUCAAACAAUGCAUCCGUUUCAUUAUUGAAUUUCAACAGCACCAGAUAUGUCGGUAUCCAAGCUCUAACACUCACAAACAAUUUACUUGACUUUGUUAACAAAACAAUUCAAAGUGGUUUCGUAAAAUGCUUCCAAUCCGAUCUAUCAUUCGGCGGUAGUUCCAAUUUAACCGACAACUUUGGUGCAUCUGUAAUCUAUUACCGAUCUAUUGGCAAAACCUUGACUAUUAAUAACUCUGUGAUAGAGUCUAAUAGUGGAUCGCUAUUGGGUGGAGCCAUCUCUCAGAGAUAUGGUUCAUUGGUAGUUAACAACAGUUCGAUCUCAAGGAAUACCGCUGGUCAAGCUGGUGGUGCUAUCUAUUUGAUCAGUGCAACCAGUGCCACUAUUACCAAUAGUACAAUGGAUGAGAAUGCCCUUGGAGUUGUUAUCAACGGCACCAGUAGAGUCGCUGGCUUUGGAUCUGCUCUCUAUUUGAGUGACACAACCAAUGUUAUUAUCAACGGUGUCGUUUUCGAUAAGAACACCGACAAUGCCUACGGUGGUCCAAUCUUUUGUUCAGGUUCAAACGUCACAAUGAACGACAUCAAGACAUCGAGUGACGAGCUUGUUUAUUGUAACCAAUCAGUACUCGAUACCAAAUGUACAUACCAUGGUAAUUUCGGAGAGGAAAUAUGUCCAGAAAAGAAAUCAAAAUUGAAACCAGGAGUUAUCGCUGGUAUCGUCAUUGGAUCAAUCAUUGGUCUACUAAUCAUAGUACUUUUUAUCUAUAUUCUUAAAAAGAGACACCAUAACAGAUCUAAAUAUUUAAGAUACAACUAA